UGCAAGAGGAAGCAGCACUAGGAAGAUGUGACACUACCGUAUGCAGUUCUUCACGAGACACAACUUGAAAUAUUUUGAUAAAAUGAGAUGCUUGCGGAAACGAUCAGCAGUGUCGUUCUUAGGAAUCCUUGUUGUUUGCUUGCUGUUCAUGAACUUGUACAUUGAGGAUAGUUAUGUUUUGGAAGGGGACAAGCAAUUAAUCAGAGAAACAGCCACGCACCAGCUCAACUCAGAGCGCUAUGUUCACAGUUUUAAAGAUUUGUCUAAUUUCUCAGGAUCUAUAAACAUUUCCUAUCGCUACCUAGCUGGCACACCUUUGCCAAGGAAAAGGUAUCUUACGAUUGGACUAUCCUCUGUAAAACGAAAAAAGGGAAACUACUUGCUUGAGACCAUCAAGUCUAUAUUUGAACAGUCAAGCUAUGAGGAACUCAAAGAAAUUGCAGUGGUAGUACAACUGGCAGAUUUUGACUCAGCCUGGUGUGAAGGGAUGGUCCAGGAUAUUUCACAGAAAUUUGCACAUCAUAUAAUUGCGGGCAGAUUAAUAGUUAUUCACGUCCCUGAGGAUUACUAUCCUGUACUGGAUGGCCUCAAGAGAAAUUACAAUGACCCUGAGGACCGUGUGAAGUUUCGAUCAAAACAAAAUGUAGAUUAUGCUUUCCUUCUAAACUUUUGUGCUAAUCUUUCUGACUAUUAUGUGAUGCUGGAAGAUGAUGUUCGCUGCUCAAAGAAUUUUUUAACUGCUGUUAAGAAAGUAAUUACCUCACGAGAAGGAUCCUACUGGGUGACGUUGGAAUUCUCCAAGCUGGGGUACAUUGGAAAGCUUUACCAUUCCCAUGACCUACCACGCCUGGCCCAUUUUCUAUUGAUGUUUUACCAAGAAAUGCCUUGCGAUUGGUUGCUCAUCCACUUUCGUGGGCUGUUAGCUCAAAAGGAAGUAAUACGUUUUAAGCCAUCUCUCUUCCAGCACAUGGGAUACUACUCGUCUUACAAAGGAGCUGAAAAUAAGUUAAAGGAUGAUGAUUUCGAAGAGGAAUCCUUUGAUAUCCCUGACAACCCACCUGCAAACUUGCACACCAAUAUGAAUGUAUUUGAAAACUAUGAGGCAAGCAAGGCUUACAGCAGCAUUGAUGAGUACUUCUGGGGCAAAGCCCCCUCUACUGGAGACUUCUAUGGGAUUGUAUUUGAAAAGCCCAUUAAAAUCAGUAAAAUUAAAGUUGUCACUGGAACUGAAGAUCGGCAAAAUGACAUUUUGCAUCAUGGGGCCCUAGAAGUAGGUGAAAAGAUUGUAGGUAGUAAAAAAGGAAGACAAUGUACUACUUACUUGAGACUAGGGGAGUUCAAAAAUGGGAAUUUUGAAAUAACAGAUGUAGAGCACAAAGUUCUGUUUGAUAUUAACUGCAUGAGAAUACUUGUUACUAAAAGUCAAAAAGAAUGGCUGAUCAUUAAGAGCAUUAGCGUCUGGACUUCUCAAACACCAAAUCUAUAAAGCAAGGCCACCUGAGAAGGUACAGAGUACAUACAAUCAACUGGGUCACAACUGGUGCCAAUCCCCAGAAAAACAGACACUUCAGCUCUUCACUAGAGACACAGAAUAUCUGGGGAAAUCGCAAAACAAGUAAAGCAAUUUAUUUUUUACCAGUUUGGUCAGGCAAUAUACAAACAUUUAUUUGUUGAAAAUUUUGAAUUUUAUAGAAAACAAAAGGCUCUCAAACCUCUCUUGAGAUCUGAAAACCCUUUUUUUAUUAUUAUUUCUCUGUAAGAGAGAUCAUGUGGACUAUACAGAACAACAAAAAAUCCAUCUUAUAACUGCCAAAAGGUUUAAAUCUAUGACCAUUAUGUUGUGAAAAGAAAUUGGAUGGCACCUUAUGCACAUAAAAAUUUAAAAUCUUAUGGUAGUAUGCGUUUGUACUGCAGUUGGUAAUGUGUUUCUUUUCCAGGCAGUUGUGACAAGGAGAUCUGUCCUGAAACUGGCAGUUUACUUCUGAGCACUGUAAGAAAAUAAUGUGGCUAGUCAUUGCAACUUCUUGUCAAAAGGGAAUGUAUAAUGUUAUAAAUCUGACAUGACAAUUAUGUAAAAAAUAGAUAAUUGCAUCUGGU